CGCUUGGGUUGAGCUACACUAACUGCUAAAGUGCGGGAAGCGUGUAAGAUUUUUAGCUCACCAUAUACAGUUAACGAUGGCUGCAGUGGACGCGUCUUUCAAUGGACGGCUUGCCCUGGUGACAGGGGGCGCGGGUGGUAUCGGCCAGGCGGUCUGCCACUUACUCGCCACCAAAGGCGUCACCGUGGUGGUUGCUGACAAGCAGUUGGAGGCAGCAGAAACUUUUGUCCGAUCUUUGCCAGGUGAUGCCAAGCACCAGGCCAUGUAUGUCGAUGUGGGCGACCCAUUGUCUGUCGAGCAGCUCUUCACCGGCAUCAGGAAUUCAUUCUCUGAGCCACUGAGUAUAGUGGCCCACUGCGCCGGUAUAGUGCGCGCAGCGCCGCUCACUAAGAGCACAGACGAGCUGUUCGAUGAGGUUAUCAAAAUCGAUCUGAAGGGUACCUUCUUGGUAAACCGGGCUGCUGGUCGUGAUAUGCUGCGAUCUGGAUCACAUAUUUCCGAAGGCGGAGGAGCCAUAGUAAACAUAUCCAGCCUUGCAGCUAAGUGCGGCUCCUUGCAGUCCUGCGCAUACGCCGCUGCCAACGCUGGCAUCGUGGCUCUGACCAAGUCGGCGGCUUUAGAACUGGCGAAGCACGGCAUCCGUUGCAACGUAGUAGUGCCUGGAUGGGUGGAGACACCCUCGAUGGCUAACGUUGACGAAAGCAGCAAGUCCGCAGUUUUGUCGACCACACCGCUCCAGAGGGCCGCCCAGCCAAGGGAGAUAGCGGAGGCCAUCGUCUUUUUGUGCUCACCAUUAGCAAGCUCCUAUAUUACGGGGUCUGUUCUUGAGGUCACCGGGGGAUUCAGGAUGUGAACGUUUCACAUGGAAUCGGGGAUUGAAUGGAAACCGUGAUGGAAUAAAAUAGGUGCAUGCCCAAGAAUCUCAAGAGAGCUCUUCAAGUUUGGCCUUUAUGAUGCUUGCUGUUGUAAACUAGUGAUGACAAGGAUGUAGACAAAAGUGUGAUUUGUAUAUAAGAGAUUGGCAUAAAGAUAAAACAGGGUGCCUACAAUUAUAGCACUGAAACGAGAGAGUAUGGAUAUUUUUAUUGCAGUUCAAAAGCUUCAGUUUGCAAUAAAGUUAAAUUCAUUAGACAUCCGCGUGUAUUU